AUGGUCGCCGAGCACGUUAAUGACCCCAAAGCGCUCUUCAACCUUUCUCUCGUCAACCACGCGUGGCACAAUGCCGCCAAAUUGGUUCUCCGGAAAGUUCACGUCUCUAUUGAUUGGACCGAUCCCACCCGCGAUAGCCUUUCUCAAAUGCUCGCAGGCCCAACCCAAGGCAGCAUGAUUCGGAGUCUUAUGAUUAUCUUUCCUAACCAUCCAUGCCUGAAUGUACGUUAUUUCUUGGAUACACUUCCACUGGUGCUGAUCUUUCUUCUGGAGGUCAACGGUGGUCGAGGAAAACAUAGCACCGGCUACGGCAGAGCCCGAUACCACAGCUUCAAGAAAUAUGUCCUCGAAACCGUUCCCAGAAUCCCUGAGCUGCGAUAUUUGACAGUGCAUUUCCGGCCUCCGCGGGAGAGUUUGGGUCCAUUCCGCUACACGCAAAAGGACAAAUUGCUCGCCCACACCUUCUUGAUUGAUGCCAUCAGCAAGAUCCUGCUCGAGCGAUCUGAUAUCCGCGAACUUUCUAUCCAAGGUCUCCCUAUUUAUGCUCGUUUCCCCAACUCAAACCGCUCGUACAGCCAUCCUGAACACGACACCAAUGUGAUUCUUGCGAAACAGCGCCUCCAGGCCUUCAAGAUUGGCCUGGUAGCCAACGAUGUGUGGGCACCGAGUCCACGUGUAGGAUCAGAUGAAGAUCCCAAUGCCAGUCCUCAAGCACUGACUAGCUCCCAGGAGCCAGAACUCCCCAUCCCUGUCGAGAAGAUCAUCAAGGGACCCCCAAUCUCCCCUUGGUCCUCACGCAAUACCCUGCGCCACAUCUCACUCACCAGCUGGGGGUUCUAUCAGAAGCUUCGUACUCCCAGUCGUGGUGUGGAUCGUAACAUCCACACAAGCUUCUUCCCCGCUCUCGAAUCCCUGGAGCUCCGCGGUUUCGGCAUUAAUAACGACUCGUCCAUGCACGGUUGGAUCUUCGCAAGCAAGCUCACCCUCCGCUCCCUCAAGCUCAUCGACUGCGCAAUCAUCCACCAAAUGGUCGACUGUCAUGAUGCAGACCUCGAAUUGGGGCGUAACAACGAGGUCACCCCCCCAAAUCAACAAUUUGAACACGCUGAUCUACGUAACCCGCUGGAAUGA